GUAACCUUUGAGCAAUUUUUCGCCGUUUUUGCUUUCUUCAUUAGUGCUAAUGGUUGUAGAAAAACGCAAUGAAUACAAUAAGAUGGAGAACGCGCGCUGUAGUCGGUCUGCUGAUGGUAUGUUUGACACUGUUGUGUACUUUGGCUCUAUUUCGCUCGGUAGCGCAUGAAGACAGACUGGAGUUUACUAGGAAGGGAAAAUUGCACAGACUGCCAUCUGUUCAUCAAUCCGAAGAAACAGCUAAACAUGCCAUUGAUGUCAAGACUGAAACUCGUAGUCAGUUGGUUGAACGUCUCGUUGAACCUGAACAACAUGCUGAACGUGUACAGACCAGCAUUCCGAAAACUGCUACUGCAGUCGAGACCGAACAGACUGGAAGGCAAGAAACUAAAGUUGUUUCUGCGAAACCUGGUAAGGUGAACAGCCACCAGGGAAGUGAUACCGCUGUCGUAACUUCCAAAGAAAACAACUAUGUUGGCAAUGGGGAUGAAGUGAAACUUCAUUUUCUGAAAGAUCACGUGUUUAAACUAAAUAUUGAAGAAAAGAUGAUGAAUUUUGAGAAAUUUCCUAGUCCUUUGGAUGAGGAUGCGUUCUUAUUGGCAGUACAGGUGCAUGAUAGGAAAGAGUACUUUGAACACUUUAUUGCGUCUCUUCGAACUGUAAGGAACAUUGAACGGAGUGUUGUGGUUGUCAGUCAUGACUACUAUUCACCUGAGAUGGAUCGACUUGUGGCGUCAAUUGAUGUCUGCAAAGUUAUUCAAAUCUUUUAUCCUUACAAUUUGCAAAUAUACUCAGACAAGUUUCCAGGUCAAGACCCUAACGACUGCCCAAGAGAGAUCUCAAGAGAGCUAGCAAAGAAAUCUGGUUGUAAGAAUGCAGAUUAUCCGGAUCAAUUUGGACACUACAGAGAAGCUAAAUUUACAAUGACAAAGCAUCAUUGGUGGUGGAAGGUCAAUCAUAUAUUUGAUCAUAUGCGCCUUACUCAAAGGUUCAAUGGGUAUGUGAUGUUCUUAGAAGAAGAUCAUUUCCUGGCUCCUGACUUCCUUCAUGUGGCAAAGCUAAUUGCUGAUGCAAAGCCAAGGAUCUGUCCGAACUGUCAGUUCAUAGGAAUGGGUAACUAUGAUAAGAUAACCUCUUAUCAAGGCAUUGGAAAUGCAGUUAAAGCUGUUGCCUGGGAGUCUGGAAAGUUUAACAUGGGGUUCGCCAUGAACAGACAGGGCUGGAAUGAAAUUAGAAAAUGCAAUACAAUGUUCUGCAACUUUGAUGACUAUAACUGGGACUGGACUCUUCAAAGUUUAGGGAAAAGGUGCUUGAACAAACCAAUUGGAAUUUUGGUUGUCAGAGCUUCACGUGUCUUCCACAUUGGCCAAUGUGGAGUUCAUCACAAGCAGAAAUUGGGUGCUGUUACAUCAUCCUUUCAAUGUAAUGCUGCAUCUACUGUGUCAUUGCACAGUCGGACACUAAAGAACAAUGAAUUAUAUUUGUUUCCCGGAAGUGUUGUUUUGAUUGGUAGCUCUGUGGUGACAUUUACAGGGCGAUUGACUAAUCCCCAGAGCUAUGGUGGAUGGGGUGAUGUGAGAGAUCACAAGUUGUGCGAGUCCUACGUCAACAAUUCUUACACGCUGUCUUGAAAGGCACUGUCAGCAAUGUAUUUGCUAUUUACAAAACAGACUGUAUUUGUAUAUAUAUAUAAUUAAAUAAAUGAAGACAUUAAAUUUUGGAUUUGAAUAGAGACAUAAUUAUUGCAACUAUAGCGCGCAAUGGUAGGUUUAGCACGUUGGUCAUUGCCGUUUGUGGAGUAGGAACUACCAGUUGCUAUCAUGGGGUUAU